CAACCUCCGCAAGGGCUGCACGCGUCCACGGCGGUUGGGAUUCAGUUACUGCAGACUAGGAUGUCGUUCGAUGACGAUAACCUCGAGCCCUCCCUCCGCUCUCCAGGGCCUUUGGCAAUGAGCGGAGGAGACAUCGAGACUCUACAGGACAUUUAUCUCGACAGUGCCAGCGCCGCCGGGCACUGGCACGAUCUUCAUUUUACCGACAAGCAAGAGCAGGGGAAGAAGGGCUGGGGAAGCAGCGCGGAUGGCCAGCAGCAGGAAGCGUCCACAUCCUACGCUGGCAAUCCGGGCUGGAAGGAUAGUCAAGGGGACAGACUUCACCCCGAAUCCCACGCGGAAUCCUCCUCUCUUGCGGGGUAUCAGUACGGUUCUGUGCUCUACGAGGACGCGAAAGAAACGGGAUUCGACAGCGCAGGAGCAAGCAACUACAUGGAAAACUACGGUGCCCAUGGCGGAGAUAUUGAUGAAAGUUACGAAGAGAGAACCGGUUACGCUGAGUGUGAACUGCAGGAGCCCUUCUCUUCACUGACAGUUGCAGAUGAAGGUGCACACGGCUCCUACAGUGCCUCGGGAAUGCAAUUCGACAGCUCCACCAACGACGCCCUCUUCAGCAGAAUUCCGUCGAACAGAAACAGAGAUCGACGCCCGAAGAGUUGGGAGUUUAUUAUGCGGCUUCUGGCGAGCAAACAGACGAACCCUUCUCUGAUCCGGUGGGAGGACGAGGCCUCAGGAACCUUCCGCUUGGUCCAGCCGAAGAUGAUCGCGAAGAUGUGGGGGAGCGUCUUCUCCGGGAAACCCAACUUGUCCUACAAUAACUUCGCUCGGGACCUGAGGCAUUAUUACAAGUCAGGCGAGAUUCUGCCUGUGCGCGAGAAGCAGCUGGUAUACAGAUGUGGCCCCGAAGCUCUUGCUUAUCUCAAAGGCCUUCAGACGACUUAGGUUUUAUUUCUCCCGGAUUCUUCUUUCGCCUCCUUGCUACCACAGGCCAGACUCUCGACCUGUUGUUGAAACCCAUGAUAGCAAGUAACAAAGAAAUCUAUCACCAUGACAAUAUUCCUUCUCAAUUAGUACCUGGGAACUCCAAAGGUACAUAAGAAGAUUCAAGAAAUUAAUCUCCAUACCGUCAUCGAAGUCAUCACACAAACGAAACAGAGAUUUUCUUCUCUCUCGGGGAAUAGCUCUUCAUAUCAGUAAUAUGCAGCUCUACAAUAUCGUUGGGGAUUGAUCACGUUGCAUUAUCUAUGAAGAUAUACAGUGGAGAGAGCUCGCCAUGUUCAGAUAUAUGAUGUAAGCAAAGUCGGCCGUUUUAUAGAGAACAGCUGUAUUUUCAACCCUAAUGCUAAUUCAAUUGUCCAAAAUUCGUAUCAAAUGUACAUCAUUCACUUCUUUGUGUUAGAAUCAGGUGGAUUAUAAUCAAUAAAAUAUAUAAUUUGCCCACAUUUAUCUUCAUAAAAUUGUUUAAUCAUUUAGGAAAACGGAACGGAUAUUAAUUCACUUUUCAGAACAGUAACCGUUUCAAAUCCAUCUGUAGUAUAAAAAUAUUAAUUCUCAUUCAUAGCUUUUCUACUUUUGUCACAAUCAUUACGCUUUAUACGAAUUAAUGUCGCUAUCAAAGGAUUCUACAUAUUAAAAGGAACUAUUUCA